AUGGAUAAUUACGCAACAUUCUCACUGGAUGACCCAACGUCUUUACUAAAAUCCACAUGUUUCGAUAAAUCUCUGCCUACCGUAGUGUAUGCAUUUGGAUACACAGGGAAAAUCACUACUCCGUCCACCAUAGCUAUAAUAAACGCUUACAUUGACACAAAGAAACGAAACGUCAUCCUUCUAGACUGGGAAUGGGAAGCUCAACGUGGAAUUCUCGGCAUAGCUUUGAGUUACGCCAACAUUGCAAUACCCAAUAGUAAAUGGGUAGGUCAAAAGCUAGGCGCAGCAAUAUUAAAACUUUAUAAUGAUGGGCUUGCAAUGGACACCCUACACCUCAUUGGUCAUUCACUUGGAGCGCACCUCAUGGGCUACACUGGAAGAUGGACUCGCGAGCAUGGAGUGGUCAUACCAAGAAUAACAGGCUUGGACCCAGCGAGACCUUUCUUCGAAGGGAUUUUAGCUACUCAAACCGGAUUAGAUCGAACCUGUGCAAGGUUCGUAGACAUAAUCCAUACGAAUCCUGGACAUUAUGGUACAACCCAGUCUGUGGGUACAGUAGACAUCUGGCCAAACUACUCCUUCAUUGGUUUGCAACCUGGAUGUCCCAUAGGAUUACAUCCUAAGCUCAGUUGGGAUGACCUCUGCAGUCACACUAGAGCCAUCGAAUAUUUUGUGGAAUCGUUGAAGAAUGGAACUGAUUUUCCUGCAGUUUCAGCUAUAUCAUAUUACAACUGGGUUACAUUUUACAAUCCUUCAAACGAGAUCAUUUAUUUAGGCGAACUAGUCAACAUUCGCUCCCAGGGGAAUUACUACUUAUCAACAUAUGGACAGUCUCCAUACCAUAAAGGCCUAGGUGGAGUUAUCCCCCAACUAUACAAGUGA